AGCGCAUUUUCUGAUACAAAAAGGACAACUCAACAUGCACGGAACGCAGGUGGUUGAUCAUCUGUUCUUGUUAAAUUAAGAGCAGAAACACCCACCACCAUUUGACUGUGAUACUCGGCUCCAGUCAAUACAUGUAAUGCUGCGCAGGAGGAACAAAAUGAUGAUGAGCACGUUACACAAUGAAAAGACGUGGUGAUGAUGUUUGCAUUUGAUACGCUGUGUCUUACAAACCCAAAAGACUGGAGUCAUUUGAAGAUUAUGUAAAAAUAAAGGAGCAGAUACCCUUUAAAAAGAAUAAUAAUGGGACCAGGCAUUCAAGAAUAUCCCUUAUUACUGCACAGAGAGACACAGAAAAAGGAAAGCCAAAUCAAUGAAAACCACAAAGGAAUGGUAAAUUACAGUAAUGGAAAAAGCCAUCCAAGCACCAAAGGACUAAAUAAACCAGUUUCUCAUGUGAAAUCUUCUCCUGGAAGAUUAGGCAAAAAUGUAUCAAGUGCCACUGAAAAGAUUUCCCAUGACACUCAACAUGGUAACCAACCAAGUAUUUUUAAGAAGGGAAGAAACCAGCUGGAUGACAAUUCUCAGUCAAAAAGGAUCACGAGUGUUUGCACAUCGCUGCACAGAGUACAAGGACCAAAGAGGAGUCUCCCAGAAAGAAGGCAAAAUGAAUCUUUUCUGCACAGGAUCCCUCCUAGCAUAAAGGGCAGCACACAAGGUAGCUUCUGUAGGGUUAAAGAUGUCCCAGUGCAACAUUUUUAUUGCAGUAAAAAAGAACAGUUGGAAAAGAAUCACGAAGAACAUGUUGCUCAAGCUGGUCCGUGCUCUUCUAAAUGGCAAGAAGCAUCUGUAGAUGAAAUGGUUCUUGAUUUUGAAUCAGUACAAAUUAUUAAAGAAGAUGCUGAAGAUGAUAGUGCCAGUGAUCUGUCUGAUUCAGAAAGGAUUCCCAUUGCCCCGUCCCCCUGCACACCACCAGAACUCAUUCUCAGAGCUGAAGAAAUUGAUCCAGUUUGUUUGGAACAAGUCUCUGAUACGGGUUUUAAAGAAUCAGAAUAUUACUACCCAGACUUCCUCCCACCCCCUUUCAACUCAUGGAACUUGAAGCAAUUAGCCAUCUUUGUUAAUGUAGAGGGUAAAACUGAAUUUCGACCAAAGCCAACAGGAUUUCUUGAGAAAUACAUUGAUCGCCUUCUGCAGCUGGAAUGGCUGCAAAUGCAGACUGUACAGAACGAGAAAGGAAAGGCAGCCAAAGCCAGGCCACAGACUGCUCCCGGCUCCAUCCGUACCCUAAAAAGUCCUGGCAAAGGCAAAGCAUUGCUCAGCUCUUUGCCUAACAAGCAAGUGGUUCCCCAAGAAAGUGUUACAAAGCUGCCCAGAAGCUAUGCAGGUCACAGGGGAGAUUCAUACUGUGAAGAAAGUCGCCAGUUAGAUUCUCAUCCACGUCACCUGAAAUUUUCUGAGAGAGUGGGAUGUGCAGUGUCUUCUCAGAGACAAUCUGGUGAAGUAAGGAGUGAACAGAUAAAAAAAACAGCUGCAAAGCAACAGCUUCUCAAUAUGCAGCCCCCUGAGAACAGUACUAAAAUUCAAAGUGUUGGUAAUAUCAGACCCCCUAAGCAAACCCCAGUAUUUCAUGGUUCAGCUGCUCCCAUCAAAGGCUUAAAAACAUACGCAUGUACAAAUCCAAAGAAAAAUGGCAACGCCAACAAUUAUGUUCCUUCUAAAAAACCAACAGGGGACAGGAAAAUAAAAACAAAUGGCACGAAACAAACAUCAUGCAAAUUUAAAUGAAGAAAAAUUCAUUAGUAAAUUUUGAUGGUUCUUGACUGCUAGAAAGCAUUUGGCUAAUGCAGAAGGGUCAUGUUUUCUUCAUAGGAAGAUCCUGAGAAAAUAUGUUCUUGAUGCAUGCUUCUAAGUCAGCACUGUUCA